UUUCCUGCUAUAAAUGCUUUCAUUUGCCCAAGACUCAUACUGGGAGUGGCUCCAAACUGUUCUUCCUUUUAGCCAGGUUCUUAUGCAUUUCUUGACAUCAAGAAUUAGCUUUGUAUUCUAGGGAGAAUGUGCCCUAGUCCAUUUUCAGACAGGGCCUGACAAGAAAAUCAAUACAUUUCACAGAUCUUUUCUCUCUGAUAAGCUCUGCGCAAGGGAUGAAUCAUGGGACAGAGUUAUUAUGGGGCUAGUUUUCAAAGAGAUUUGGUUUCCUAACUCAUGGCAGUGCUUUUAAAAAGCAAAGUAGGUACCUGAAUACCACCAGCAGUCUGACCUUAGGAGUUCUAAGUGAGAUGAUGACAGUUGUCACAAUCCUUGAACUGAGUCAAGAAAGUUGCUAAGGAGAGAGCUACUGGAGCUAAGGUGAUGACCGACUAUUGUAAUAGAUGUCUGUAUAUGAAAAGAAAAGUACAUCACUACAAUUUCUAGAGAUACUAAAUAGAUGCUGUCCAGUUCAGUAUUUAAAAGCAGCUACAAGUCUAGCAUAGAUCAUGAGGCCAACCUACUUACUCAGAAGGCAUAGAAGUGAAGAGACAUCUAUCCUGAGUACUAGCACAAGAGAAGAGGGAGCAGGCCUACCACAAGGCAUUACUAAUUGAAAGAGAAAAAACAGAAGAGCAGACCUUCAUGCUUCCUCCAUCUGUUUUCACCCUCUAACUAUUUAAAUCACACUUCUGUGCGCUCGGCAAUUGAUAUAUCAACAUCAGGUCCUUUUUUACUCAUAACAGGGAUUAGUUCUUUUUUGUAGACUAAAGGGCAAGAAAAUAAACCAUUGUGGAUAAGGACUGUAUUUAUAAUCUUCAAUUACUGGAAGACCUGUAUGAUAUAAUCUUCUAUAAAGGUCCUCUUGGGCUUGUGUUUGACUUGCCACAUCUCACACUGAGCAGUUUUCCCUCUACUGGAACUCUGACUGUGUACUUACUACAGUCAGGUUUUUAGGACUGUAUGUUAACCAUUGCACCCGUGAAAACACUCAUGCGGACACAUAGCUCCUUCUUCCAUGGUUUAAAAGAAAACAUGGACAAAACCAAGGGAAAAGCCAACUCCAUACACUGAAAAAAAUAACAUCCAUGAGGACUGCAACCACCCAACAAGCUUUCAGCCACAGGUGUUACUUCUUAUAAUUAAACAAGCACUGCAUAUGGAAGUAGUUCUGUCUUAAUGCAUCUUUAGCAGUGGUUUCCAGGAGCUGCUUGCUUUCCCUACUCUGUAGCUUUCUUCUGAAUGGUUCCUCUUUUUGAUGAUAAUUCAAGUGAACAGUCAAAAUCUACCCGGAGAAAGAGAGUGCUUCCAUCUUGGAUGCUGGAAGAAGAUCUCCUGGUUGAGAGAAUUUCUGAGCCUGUACCGAAAGGAGGUAAUAGAAUGAAAAAAGGGCAAGGAUGGGGAGAAAGUAAUAUGAAGUCAUUAGAAUCAGAAGUAAAUGUGCAGCAGAAAAAAAGAUCAGCUUCUGAAGAAACUAUGGAGGAUUUUGAAGGUGAAGAGGAAGAUCAAAAGAAAAGAAGCUGUCUUUCCAUCCCUGUUCCUUCAUCUCAGAAUACAUCUGGAUUUCCUCUUGAGAAUACCAUGAGAAACAUGGAAGGCAAUGGCAAGACUGGAUCAAAAAACCAUGGAAGUUCUUUGGAAAAAAAUGAUAGGCAGCUGAAUAGUAAACGGUCCAAAAAAGUAGGUCAGAUCUCCAGUAAAGACAAUAGAAUUGAGGAAACAGAAAACAAAGAGCCCAUUACUGGUUCUCCAAGCCAACAAGCUCACUGGGGCAGGACUUCCCAAAAUUUUGAUGCCCAGGAAGGGAUUCUUGAGCCUGAUGCAAAUCUGGAUUAUGAGACUGAAAUUUCUGAUUCAACCAGAAGUGCAGAUGCUUCAGAAAGCUCCAGACAAAUCAAGCGUAAGAGGACACCUUGCAUGUAUGGAUCAGGCUGUUACAGGAAGAAUCCCAUUCACUUUCAGCAGUUCAGUCACCCUAAUGAUGAUGACUAUUAUGAAACAGAGAUCAUAGCUCAGGAUAACAACGAUAACCGGCCUGAAUGUCCGUAUGGAACAGCUUGUUACAGGAAGAAUCCUCAGCACAAGCUAGAAUACAAGCACACUGCACCUCCAGUAACUGAAAGAGCAACCCGACAAAGAACUUCAAAAAAUGAAGAUGUUGUCAAAAGGCCUGAUACUGUUUUCCAGGUGCUGGAAGAAAAGUCAGUAAGGAAAACUUUAAGUGAUCACAUGGGAAAAAGAGCUGUAGAGAAAGAUAGCGCCAGCGAUGAUGAACCAAAUGAAUAUGACCUUGAUGACAGCUUUAUAGAUGAUGAGGAAGAGGAGUGUGACCCUACUGAUGAAGACUCUGACUGGGAGCCAAGUUCAGAAGACAAGGAUAAUGAAGAUGUUGAAACACUUUUGCAAGAAGCACGUAGAUUUGUUAAGACCAAAAUAUAGCUGCACAGAACAACAUUAUGUGUCUGAUCUGGUUGUGUUAAAACAUGGAUGCGCAAGGACAGGAACUGCUUUGAAAACUGGUUUUUCCUCAGUGAUGUAGGCACUACAGAAAGAUUUUAAUGAGGGUGAGGGGAUUCAGCAAAGCCUUUCAUUUCCAUAUGUAUUAUUUUGUUGGGGUUUCUUGUUUCAUUAAGUGGUAGAGCCAGAGGACUGAGCUCUGAAGUUUUUGUUUUUUUUUCCCCUUCAUCUAUUUCUUUUGCAACACCAUUGGUGUCUUUUAGUUUGAAAGGUUGUUAAUGCUUCACCUAUACUUAAAAGAAACAUUUGCAUUAGGAAAGCCUUUUAUUUUGUUGAAAUGCAAUAUAUAUAUAUAUAUAUAUAUAUAUAUAUGCACACUGUGUUGAAUGAAGAGGAGUUAUGCUUCACACCUGCAGUAUUGCAGACCUACUUGGCCAUUGCUAGGGAGUCUGUAAACCAGUUUUUUAAUGUUCUUUUAAGUUGGUGCAGUCUUAAACUUCAUUAUUCUGCUCCUAGCUUUCCUCUCAGGUGUCAUUUCUUUGAUUCUCUUAAUGUACAGUAGUUAAAUACAGGUUGUUUAAAGAGGCACUUGAGAACAGUAUCUCAGUGUAUUGAACCACUCGGUUGUCUCCACAACAACUAAUGUAUUUGUUCUCGUUACAGCAGUAUCAUUUGCCGUGCCUGUACAUCACUGGAAUUAUGUUCAAUUCGCAACAAAUCCAAAAGUCUUGGUGACUGUAUUUUUGCACAAUUAAACUUGUACCACAGUGUGGGAAAUACCU